AUGAGCGACGCAGAAGACGAUGAAGUAUGGAUAGACUAUUCACAGUUGCUGGGCAAAAAGAGCAAAAAGAAUCAAGCACUAAAACGAGGCGAAAAGACCAAUGUACCACAUCAGCUAGAUCAGCAGCAACUGGCCAGAUCUCGUCAAGCCCUGUUUGAAUGCAUAGCGCAGAAGGUGCCUACACCCAAAAAUGCCAGUGUAGGUCAAUUGAGCGCAUCGCCUCCUUAUCAUACAACCAUCACAAAGAGCAAAGGCACGCAUUUACACUCCAUGGGCUUCUCCCAUCAAGGCGCAAUCACACUAUUCCCAGAGGAAGCGGCAUUCCUGAUAGCCAGAAAUGCAUUGACAGUUACACAGCACGACGCAGAUCCAACUCACUUUGAAGACUACUGUCAGCUCAUGUGCGAAUGCUGCGAUGGCUGGAUUACAUUUGAUAAAUACCAAGUGUAUGCGUAUCUAAAGCGACUUGGAUACAUUGUCAUGCGAUCAAAGAAGCUGCCUGUUACUACCAAACAGACAGCAGCAAAAGAGCCAUCCAUGCCCAGCAUGUUCAAGCUGUUGUUUGAUACUAUCACGCACUGGAUCCAGCCCUUACAGAGUAGGCCGCUUGUAUGGGACUACAGAUGCACCAAUUACCCACAGAUGUACUCUACCUUGCAAAUCAUACCGUCUACGCCGUGGUACAAGCCAUUCUACACAUCGCUAUGCCCUGCAUUUGAUUGGGAUGUAUACAAGCCAAGGCCUGGCUGGAAAAAGAAAGACCCAGGCGAGCCAGAUUUCCGAGUUGUGGUCAAGAAUGUCCAUGAGGCCAUGCCGACACUGUACGAGCAGAAUCAGUUCUUUAGCCAGUUGAUCGGCACUUGCAAUAUCAAUUACAAACCUGCCCUCAAGCACACUGCAUUGGGACUACUUGCACCUACCUUUGUCAUGGCUCUAGUGGGAGAUGCAGAAGGCAUUACGUUUUUAAGACUGACUGGUGAUGGCGUGGAGGAUGUGUCCAAUGUCGAAGCAUUCAGUCAAAAGAGGGCAGCAGGAAAGACAGCAGGUCGAUCCAUAGUUUAA